UUUUCCCUUCACCCUCCUUUAAAAGGGAGAUGAAUCACCUAUAAUCCUAAAACAAGGCAAAGUUUCUUACUAAUUAAGUUCUUUGUAAUAACAACAAUUGGAGAUAUGACGUUCAAGUCCAACUUUGGAAUGCCCUUUAUUUUUCUUCUAAUUACCUUGCUUGCAAGCCCAAUUAAUGGGAGAAAAGGCCCAGGAGAAUAUUGGGGAAGGGUGAUGAAAGGGCAGCCCAUUCCUGAAGCUAUUGAAGUCUUUGUAAAUCAAGGCCCAUAUGAAGCCCAAGAUAAUGGAGACAUUGUUAAAGAAUUUAUUAAUAACUUUGAUUCAACAACACCUGAUGUCACCAUUAUAUAUGAUGAUGUCAAUCCAAUCAAAGUUAAAGCCCGGGAAUUUAUUAACGACUUUGCUUCAACAACGCCCGAUGCCACUAUUAUCUAUGAUGAUGUUAAUCCCAAAAAAUCGAAAGCACAAGCUUUUUUUAAUGACUUUGCUUCAACAACACCCGAUGUUACUAUUGUUUAUAAUGAUGUCAAGCCAAUAUAAGUGAGAACCUAUAUUGCAACACAUGAGAUGAUGGGCAAGUAACGGAGAACUGUAGAAGUUACUUGUUGGGUGAUUAUGGGGAGUUUAUUUGCAUUUGUAUUUUCCUUAAUUGUGUUUUAUGAGGGUUGUAUUCAGUGGCAGAGCCACGGUGCCCUCAGUGGGGUCCUUGACCCCACUUGAAUUUUUUUUUUAUAGUUAAAAUUUCAAUUUUUUUAAAAAAAAUAUAUAAUUUUAGUGAAAGUUUCAUCAAUUUUUAAAUAGUGACCCCACUAUCUCAAAAUUCUGGAUCCGCUACUGAUUGUAUUGUUGUAGUUUCCAUAUUCAUUCAGCUAAUAAAAGUCAUCUAUUGUAUGUGUCA